AUGAGUGCAGAGGUCGAAUGUGCCCAAGAUCAACCAUACCAGGCAGAAUCCGAUGUUAGUGAUGCUUCACCAAAGCUUCAGAUUUGUGAGGGGGAAGAAAAGGAAGAAGAAGAAGAACCGCUGCCGAUGGUCUCCGCUGAGACAACCCAACUGGAGAUGGUCUCCCCUCCUUCCUCCAUGGAUCUGCCCGUCCAGGACAGUCCUGAUUCUUCCACCAGUCCCAAAGUGCCCCCCGUUACAGAAGAGAAACCAGUGAGAAAGAAAGACCACAAGGUCCUGGGCAGAAAGCAGAAGAGCAGGACCAAGUUCUCACAGACACAGCUCUGUGUGCUCAACGACCGCUUCCAGAAGCAGAAGUACCUGAGCCUCCAGCAGAUGCAAGAGCUUUCCGCCAUCCUGAACCUGAGCUACAAACAGGUCAAGACCUGGUUUCAGAACCAGAGAAUGAAAUAUAAGAGGUGGCAGAAAAACAACUGGCCCAAGAACAGUAACGGUGUUGCUCAGACCUUACUACCUGCUGAGUGCUCUGGUUUCUGCUAUCACCAGAGAUGCCUGGUGAACACCCCUGAUAACCUCACGGCCUGGAGCGGCCAGCCCUGGAACAGCAACCCGUGGGUCUGUCAGGAGUGGAACAAUCAGGCCUGGAACAAUCAGGCCUGGCACAUGCAGACCUGGAGCGGUCAGUUCCCCAACUACGGCGAGGACCCCUUGCAGCAAACCCUGUUACCUUUCCAGCAAAAUUUACCUGCCGAUGAUUUGGAAAGCAUCUUGGAAACUUCCGUCGAGAGUCAGAAUAUAAUCCCGCAGACCAUUAAGUAUUUCAGUACCCAGCAAGUUUUGGAUUUUCCCCCCAAUUACUCCAUGAAUAUGCCUUUGGGAGAUGUGUAA